AAGCGUCCUCCAGUCUCAUGAGUUGAAAUUUCCCAUCCCAUUUUGAGGUAAUUGACCCCAGCUCAACAUUCGUUUUUCUGUCUUUGCUAUUACACUUUGUUGAUUUCACAAAUGGCUACCACCUCGUCCCUGCACUACAAUCAUGGUUGAAGUCGUUGAUAUAUUACCUUCGAUUUUAUAACGUGCUUAUGUAAUAACAGCCGUUUAGUUUCUCCCUCGUAGUAAAGAACCUGCAAGUUGAACUUGCAGGUUCUUUACUACAACUUCAUGAUAUAUUACCUUUGAUCCUGAUCCGCACCUCUUCCAUCACAUCAAUUCCAAAUUGCUACUGAGGAUACUAUCUUCUUAGAAUCUAAAGUAAACAACAAAAUGUUGCAACCAGCACAGCCAUUGGGACAGCCAUUUCCUUCUGCUUGUACGAAGGCAGUUGCAGCUGGGCAGCUGCCCACUGCCCAGAUCCUUGCGAUGGUACAACAACGUCUAGGACUGCAAAGUGCUCAGACACCAGCUUCAACUGCUCAGCAGGACGAUCAAAGCCUACAUGCAAAGCAGAUUGGUACUUUUGACAGAGCACGGCAUCGCGGAAUCGUCGUCAUUUUCACCGAAUACGUAGUAGGGCGGACGAAAAAGUCCUCCUCCUCAGGUUCAAGUACGAAAAACGGUGUCAUUUCGGGUGUCAAAAAUCAUGGAGGAGGUGCUGGGACGAGUAAAGAUACAACUGCGGCAACUAUUUUAGCGACUCCAAGACCCGAUAGACCAGACGACGCACAGGGAGAAGAGGAUCGACUACAGGAUGAUGGCGAGAGUUAUGAUCCCGACAGAGAGGAGGAAAUGCUCGAAGAGGAUGUUGAUGAUCAAGAUGAUGACACUCGGAUGUGCGCAGGAGUGUUUAGUCCUGAUCUCGACCACGGCGUUUGGAUGAAGAAGUGCCACUAUAGUCAUGGGCCUGUGUGGUACCAUAGACAGGUAAGGGAUAGUAACCUUGAUAAGGUCAACAUGAAGGGGAAUUAUAUGAAUAGUAAGGAACAAACUCGUCCUGCUACAGCAACAGCAGCUGGAGGAACUACAAGUCGUCCUAAAGCAGGUUCUCUUGACGAAGUUUCGCAGAUCCGCCGACAGGUAAUCGAGCAUCGCUUUUACUUCGAGACCCGCGGACUCGCUAUCGGACACGUACUUUUUCUAUCCCACGACGAUGCCGAGUGUGAAAAAGCGGAGGUCUUUCAAGCUGAGGAGCAAGUCGCACAGGCUCGAACGGCCUAUCAAGAAGUCGCUAAACAACAUCAAGAUGUAGUAGUUGGAGGGGAAAAGAAAAAGGCAUUCUUGGUUCAGCAGCGUGCGGACGAAUUGGUCGAGGCAUCUGAAAGGCUCAAAUUAAGGCUCAACUUUCAAUCAUCAAUGGUCAUUGGAGUUCCUCACUGAGAUCGAACAAGAGGCGACCCCUUGAGGAAAGAUGAGGGGAAAACGAAGGGAAAGGGAAGAUGAGCUUCGAAAGGGGUCGCUUCCGUUCAGAGUCGGUGACCAAUGAAUGCCGCGCUUUAAUCAAAGCGUUGCAGAAGAUCGCACAACGGCACGCAAAGCGGGGAAGCAAAAUAUCGUCAUGGAAAGUCCAGCUUUUUGGGUUGGUGAAUUUGAGUCUCAUCAAUGGGUCCUCUGGGUCCUCUAAAAAUCGAAAGAAUACCAUAGAAAGGCACGUGGUAAACAGUGCCUUGUCACAAUCCGACUUGCCACCGACGGUUCCCUCUCAAACUAUGCUUCAAAUUGGAGGUGCAGCAGGUGACGCCGAGGUUGGUCUCGAGUUAUUCUCAGAGCACUUCUACAAUUGCGUGACGCGCGUACCCUUCAAGUUCUGGGGAGCAGUGCAAAUUGUCGGUGGUCGAGUCUUCUGGUCCGAUAUUCAGAAGCCUUUAGACGUCUUCCGAUUAGUGGGCGAUGAAAAUGUUGUUCCGAGAGUGCCUGGCAUCGAAGCUAGUGUUUGGACCCGGCCAAAGGCCACAGCUCAUUUGCUGCAGAAAGUGUACCGUUUCUGCGCCUACGAUGUGUUGCCACCAGGCUCUUCGGCUGCUGCACACGGAGGAGCGUUAUUAAGGCUAAUAUUACAGCAAAUCCAUCUUGUUCCCUUUUCCCUAGAAGCUAGCAUCUCGGAGAAGAUCCUUUUCUCAAGAGAAAACGGGUAGCGGUAGGUUUGUUCGCGAGAUGGAUUUGAUGUAGGUCUAAUGUUAGGUGUUGACGAAGAUGAAGACGAUCAUGAUGGUAAAAAUGCUCGCCGUGCUUCUACGGGCAGUCCGCAAAGUCGAAAAUUAGUGGAGCAACAGGAGAUGAGAGCUGAAACUGCAGCUUUAAAGUACCUUGCUAGGGGCCACACGCACAACCACGACUACUACCAGUUCCGAUUGCAGCCCAAAGAUACUGAAUUUAAGGCUUGCCCUAAUUCAUCCUAAAAACAAGAGACAUCUUCCUUGGAUACUUAUAAAUAUCAAUAUGUAGUUUACCAUUUUCAAGGGGAAAAACAGAAACUGCGUCAAGAAUCUUGACUCUCAAGAUGAAUUAUUCGAGUUGUAAAAAGCUCUAAUGAAUUGUGGCAGAGGUGGCUUCGCAGCUGUGGGCACAGUGGUCGCGACUUCUUCCAUGGUAUGUUGCCACGCGGUCUGGACGGCGCUCUGCUAGAGUCUUCAGAUGACCAUGAGGAAGAUGAUGACGAUGAGGAGAAAGGAGGCCUAGAUCUAGAAGUACAGUCUUCAUCUAUUACAGGAGCUGCCGCGCAAGAGCAAGACGCGCAAGAGCAAGACGAAGUAGAAGGAUUAGACGGCCAUCAUGGAGAAUUUUUAGACGGUCAUGGAGAUGAUCUUCAAGCUCCUGAUCAGGACCGCGAAACUCCUGUGCGGCAGCCACAACAAGAACAGGGUGCAACUACUGCGAAUGUUGGGGUAGUAGUUGUUCCGGUCGAUGUUGAUCGCGUCAGUCGAAGUCCGUCGACUCCCCGAGGAGAUUACAAGAGACACAGAGAGUCAGCCCCCCGUGCAAAGCGUCAGAUUACUCCUGUCAAGCAAUAUGGCGAUCCAGAUGGAGCGACCACAGCAGAAGCUGCAAGUGCAGCUGACCUUGCAACGCGAUGUCGACCAUCUUCCAAGGUUCGCGGAAGCCGUGCACGUGUCUCGUUCAGUGGAGGCAGAGCACGUCCGCUUUCGAAAGACGAGAAGCAGUCGGUAGGACUCGUGGAAAUUGCCACUCUAGGUCAAAAAGCAGCUCGACGCAGUCAAAUUUAAGGCUCCUGCUCAAGACAGUAAUUUAUAAUAUAUCGGCUCCUCAACCUCAACACGACAGAAAUUUACUCAUACCGAGAGAAGGAGCAUCUAGUACUUCUUUGGUCCCGCCCUUGCUUUCUUUAUACAGGGAAGAAAGCACGUCAUCAAAGAUUUGCUUUUCAAGAUGAAUAUUUGUAAAAAGCUCUAAGAAAUCACAGCUGAGGGCGAGGGAAUCCACGAUCGCGGUAUGGCGUCAGUGUCUGAUGCAGAUGACACGAUUUUCCCAGGUUCUUCAGGUGCACUGAUGUCCUCAUCAACAACCCUUCAACAGCAACAUCCCUCUUCUAGAACAAGUGGACAAAAACGCCGAUCUCUCACACAUGUUCAAAACGCUUGGGAACUAGCAGGAUCCUCAACUGCGACAACAACGAAAACUCCCACAAGGAUAACAUCUUCUUCUUCAGACAAAAACAUCAAGCAGGGUCUUGGUACAAAUGGAACUACUGGAAGUGGAACUCCUGUAACCGGAUAUGAACCUACGACCGGUAGCUACCUACGCGGGGACAGUUUUCUUGGGGGUCAUCCUAGAGCACCCGAGGAUCAUCUAGAGGAUGACGCCAUAUUUUACGAUGCUCCUGGGAAUCUCAACAAGAGUGCUGCUGCUUCGAUAUUAUCAAACAAGUCUUCCUCUAGUAUGACAGGAGCAAAGAAGUCCCUGUCAAAGAAGUCCUCCUCUUCUCAGAAGAGGAGUCGCGUAUCAUUCAACGCUGGAGGAGCCGAGGUGAUUUCAGCGGCAACGCGCAAACAACGUAUUGAUACGGUAGGAAAACGCCUCGAUGAGGCUCGUGGUGUCAUCGCCGCUUUAGUAGAGGAGAUCACUGAGGUGUACGAAGUUUAUACAGAGCUGAAACUGCAGGAACAAGCUGCGCAGGAGGGUGAAUUUUCUAGCGAUUAUAGCGAUAGUGAUGAUGAUUUGAAUCACUUUGCUCCUCCAAAAGAGGGCCGCUCAGAUCGUGGAGACGACGCCAUGAAGGCGGUGCAGGCCUCAAAAGCGAAGAUGAUGCAACUAGAGAAGAAUCUUGCUUCUGCAAGCGAGCGAAGCGGUAAAAAAGAUAAGCGUGGUCAAACCGGUGCUCCUCGAAAGUCCCAAACGAAUAAAGCUCCAGAGGUCCUCUUGGAUCCAGAGGUGCAGGAUAUGGUCUCCGAUGCGCCUAUUCCUCAUGGCUUGAAAUACACGCUGUUGCAUUUGUUUGUCCGAUUGAAGAGGAAUCCUCGAGUCGCGGGACUGUAUUCCACACCUGGCGAGAUGGCCACUGCGGUUGCUCUGGAGAUCCUCGCUUCGCAGACGGCACCGAAUCGUGCCUCAGGAGGGCCUGCAGCAGGAAAGUCCUCAUCUUUGCUUGAUCCAGCGGCCGCAACAGAGUUGAUCACGAUUGGCGGACAGGAAAUUUUUCCGUUUGAAAUCAUGGCGGUUUUAAAAUUUCUGAUUCUCACAGGUUUUCGAAGUCAAAAAACCUUAGCCGACAGGCUUAUGCAACAAGCGCAACUACAGGCAGAUGCUCAUCUUGCACAUCAAGGGGAAGAACAAGGCGGUGAUAAUGGUGCAACGCGGGGUAUGUCACUGAACAAGAGUAACAAGAAGAAUAUUCUUGUCUUCCCUGAAAUCACACAAGAGGAGCUCGAGGAAGAACUCGAAGCCGAAGACCCCAUGUUCUUAAGGCUCAAAAUAAUUCAUUUUCAAGGGUCUUCAUUUUCUCCUGUUCCCUACUUGGAGGGGAGAAGAAUGGAAGAAAGAGUCAGCACGAUUCUCGAUUGAGUCCUUCUUGGGAAUCUAAAGAAAUGGACUGAAGAAAUGAAGUGUCUCGAGCUCUAAUGUUCGCUGUGAUGUACUCAGAAGAAGAGAAACAGCGCAAGCGUGAUGAGCGGAUGAAAGAGAAGCAGAAGGAGCGUCAAGAGCUGGAACAAUUAAGGCCUAUAAUUCUGCAAAGACUGCGACAGGCAUCUUUCUUUGAUCUUCUUCUACACUCUACUGUGUGCGAGGUCGUUAGUUGUAAAUUGUACUUGUUCUUGCAACAACGAAUUACUAUAAAUUUAUAUUUUUAAGGUCCUCAUCAAUAAGCAAGGAUUCAGCACUCAUCGAACUCCUGGUCUACACAUCUAAGCUACGAGGAACGGGACGAGCAGAUUAUUCAAGAACGGGCUUACAUCAAGGGCAAAGCUUCUGAUCUUUUGGAGUCGUAUGUGAUGAUGCACACCCGCGAGCUAUUCGAAAUGGAGAAGCAGGAAGCUGCGGCGAUGAAGAUAGAGUUAAGGCUUGUUGUUGUACUUAGUUGAAUAAAAAUAGAUAUUCAAAAUUUAUUACAGUGUAUGGUUCUGGUAUUUGGUAACCUGAAUUUGAUCAUAAGGGAAAACAAGAAGAGAACCCUUAUGAUCAAAUUCAGGUUACCAAAUACCAGAACCAUACAAAAAUAAAUAUUAAGCAUAAGGCUGGAAAAGAUAAUCCAUAUUCCUUGUACAACUAGUUCUGCAACAGGGUACUUUCAUCACGGUCUAAUAGAAGCAGAAUUGAAAGAAAAGCAAAUAGAUCCAUCUUGUUGUAUUAGUUGUUCUUCCUCUUCGUGUUUUAAAGAGAACAAGGAUGAGAUAGAUGUCUGGUGUUUUUCUUUAAGAGCAGGAUGUUUUUUUUUUAAAGACGAGAACAAGGAUGAUAUUACUUAGGCCUCUGCUUUUCUUUCAAUUCUGCUUUUCUUUAGUCAUCACGGUCUAAUAGAAGCAGAAUUGAAAGAAAAGCAAAGGCUGGAAAAGCUGAAGAAAGCUGCAGCAGAGAAGGCAGCCGAAAUUGAGGAAGCUGCGCUGAAUAGAGGUAGAAGUAGCACAUCACCUAGAAUAGACGAGGAGCAGUUGAAAAAGGAGGAAGAAGCCGCUGAGUUAGCUAUUCUUGGAACCACUAUUAAGGAGCUUACCGAAGGCAGCGAAAGUGAUAAGAAGAUGAAGAAGUUACAGCAGUCGGCUAAAGGCAAAACGCUGGCUGAGAUGAAAAAAGAGGCAGCUGCUGCGGGGAAUGUGCCUAAGGCACCUGGAGCAGGUGCGCCUGUUUUCUUUGGUGGAAAAAUUUAAGGCUAUAACAAAUCCAUCUAUCAAAUCCAUAUUCUUUUGCAACAUCAAUCAUGCUGCCGUUUGCCCCCCAGCAUCUUCAAGUAUCAUGAAGCUUACAUUUAUUUCUUUCUAAAGGAAUGAAAAGAAGCACAUCAACUAUGAUUGAAAACACCUCAAGAAAAGAAGUACAAUUCUAAAAAAUGCAAAGAGGACGACCACCGACAGCUGGAGGACAGCUGGACAGACCUAUGUCUGCAGCAGGUGAAGAAGUAGCCAGGAGUUCCGAAGACGAAGAAGAUACUGGUCUAAACUUUGUUAAGGCUAGUACCGUUGAAGCUGCAUCCUCAACUACAGAUCCAUCCCUGGAUGCUUCUUUUUCAACAAGGGGGAAAAGAAGGGUCCUCCAAGGAUAUGUUGACUUUGAAGGAAGUAGAUGCGACGCGGUAGCUCUAACUUCGACGGAAAGAACCGUGAGAGGCCUGCGUUCGCAGAGGGUGCAACAGCGUCAAUUAGAGGCGAAGCUGCUAAGUUUUUCGAUGAUCUCGACACAAAUCUCUUCGAUAUGUUCGAUAAGGACAACUUUUAAGGCUCGAACAGAUUGAUUAAUCCAUUAAUAUCUGUAACUAGAUAAUUUACUGCAUCAUUUUUAGUACAAGCCAUUCUGUGCCUGUGGUUUCCUUCUUACUUAGGUAAAAGCCAUUUCUCCUUGAUCCCUUCUUGAUCCCUUCUUGAUCCCUUCUUGAUCCCUUGAUCCCUUCUUGUUCCCUUCUUGUUCCCUUCUUGAUCCCUUCUUGAUCCUCUAAGACAAGGAAAAAGAC